AUGAGUUGGGAAGGUUUCAAGAAGGCUAUUAACAGAGCCGGUCAUAGUGUGAUCAUUAAGAACGUCGACAAGACCAUUGAUAAAGAGUACGACAUGGAAGAACGUCGUUACAAAGUUCUUCAAAGAGCGGGUGAGGCGUUGCAAAAGGAAGCAAAGGGUUUUUUGGACUCAUUAAGAGCCGUAACAGCGUCGCAAACCACCAUUGCUGAGGUCAUCUCUAACCUUUACGACGAUUCAAAGUAUGUCGCCGGCGGUGGCUACAACGUAGGUAAUUAUUAUCUGCAAUGUGUUCAAGACUUCGAUAGUGAAACUGUGAAACAACUGGAUGGACCUUUAAGAGAAACCGUUCUUGAUCCAAUAACAAAAUUCUCAACAUAUUUCAAGGAAAUUGAGGAAGCCAUAAAAAAGAGAGAUCAUAAAAAGCAAGAUUUUGAUGCUGCAAAGGCAAAAGUUCGUAGAUUGGUCGACAAACCUGCCAAAGAUGCGUCCAAACUACCAAGAGCUGAGAAGGAAUUAAGUUUAGCCAAAGAUAUUUUCGAAAAUCUUAACAAUCAGUUGAAGACCGAGCUACCACAAUUAGUUUCAUUAAGAGUACCUUACUUCGACCCUAGUUUUGAAGCUUUAAUCAAGAUUCAGUUAAGAUUCUGUACUGAUGGUUAUACUCGUUUAGCACAGAUCCAGCAAUAUCUAGAUCAACAAUCAAGGGAUGAUUAUGCUAAUGGGUUAUUAGAUACUAAAAUUGAAGAGUUAUUAGGGCAAAUGACAAGCUUGGAUAUUUGUGCCCUCGGGAUAAAAUAA